AUGUCAGACAACGAGGCGCCGCCGCCGACAAUCGGCAAUGCCUACCCGGAGGAUACCAUGAGGAUUUUGGUUGCAACAGACAAUCAUAUCGGGUAUCUUGAGCGCGACCCAAUUCGUGGACAAGAUUCUAUCAACACCUUCAAGGAAAUUCUUCAGCUUGCUGUCAAGCACGAUGUUGAUAUGAUUUUACUCGGCGGUGAUCUAUUUCACGAAAACCGCCCGUCACGCGACUGCUUAUACCAGGUUAUGGCCCUUCUCCGGGAGUACACACUUGGAGACAAGCCUGUUCAAAUUGAACUCCUUAGCGAUCCAAAUGACGGACGAGCAGAGGGAUACAGCUUCCCAGCGGUCAAUUACGAAGACCCGAAUCUCAACGUUGCCAUUCCCGUCUUUAGCAUUCACGGCAAUCACGACGAUCCACAAGGUGCUGGGCCUGAAGGUGCUCUUUGUGCACUCGACGUCCUCUCUGUAUCCGGGCUCAUAAACUAUAUGGGCAAGUUCGACCUCCCACUAUCCAGCGCGUCGAAUCCCAACCCUGCGGAGGGUGAUUCGGGUAUAUCUAUCCGCCCCGUUCUCCUUCGCAAAGGUCAAACUCGCCUUGGUCUCUACGGAGUUGGCAAUGUCAAAGAUGCACGGAUGCACUUCGAACUCCGCAGCAAUCGUGUGCGGAUGUACAUGCCUAGGGACAAGGAUGACUGGUUCAACGUGCUUGUGGUACACCAAAAUCGUGUUCCCCACCCUCCAACUCCAGCUGUACCAGAAGGCCUAUUUGACGACAGUAUCGACCUCGUCGUUUGGGGCCACGAGCACGAUUGCCGCAUUGUUCCUGAACCCGUCGCUGGUCGUCCAUACCAUGUCACGCAGCCCGGGUCGAGUGUGGCUACGAGUUUGGGCGAGGGCGAGGGAUUGGAGAAACACGUUGCCUUGCUCCAAAUCCAUCACAAAGAAUUCGAGCUUAAACCCCUUCCGUUGCGUACUGUACGUCCGUUUAUGUUGGGCGACGUUUUUCUCGCGGAGGCGGCCGAAGAGGAGGGGUUUGAUGUGACCGACCAAAUUGCUGUGGGGAAGUUUUUAAGAGCAAGGGUAAAUGCUCUCAUUGACCAAGCGAACCAGUUAUGGGACGAGCGCAACGCACACGCGGUGGAAGAAGGCGAAGAGGAGCUCCCACGUAUGCUGCCGCUUGUACGGCUCAAGGUCGACACCACUAACGUUCCCGCAAUGUCCAAUCCCAUCCGAUUCGGACAAGAAUUCACUGGGCGGAUUGCAAACCCACGCGACGUGCUCGCUUUCCACCGAUCCAAAGCACGCUCCACUGCCUCCCGUACCGCAACCUCUGCGGACCAGCCCGAACUGUCCAUCGACGAUCCAGACCUUACGACAAGCGAAAAAUUGGCGAAAGUGCGUGUGCAAACAUUGGUACAGGAGUAUUUGGCGGCGCAGGAACUGCAGGUCCUUGGUGAGGCAGGGAUGAAUGAGGCGAUUAGAAUGUUUGUGGAAAAAGAUGAUGGGUGGGCUAUACAAACACACGUCUCGAGCGCUCUGCGCGCGCUCAUGAAAGGUGUACAGGAGAAUGGGGAGGUAGACGAGGAGGAGCUAGAUGACGUUCUCGUCAAACUCAAGGAGCAGCACAACCAGGAAUACGUGGAAAAAGCAAAGAUGGGGAGGACAGGCAAGGGAAAGGGCAAAGGAAAAGCCUCCGCCCCAGCCGACUCCGACGCCGACUCAAUGCUCAUGGACGUUGAUGGCGGGGAAGAGGACGGGUCAGACUUUGAAGAACCUGCGCCCCCGCCGAAAAAGAAGAAAGCUGCACCUGCGAAAAAGGCUGCGCCGGCAAAGAAAGGGAGGGGAAAGAAGGUUGUUAGUGAAUCUGAGGAAGCUGUAGAAUUAGACGAAGAUGACGAUGAGGAGGAAGAUGAGGCACCACCGAAAGUUAUGAAGAAGACAAAUCGUGCUGCGGUAUUGAGCCAACAAGCAAAGAAAGCUCCUGCGAAGAAGACAGCUACGACGAAAGGGAAGGCAUCGUCGUCUGCACAGAACACAUUGAGUUUUGCGCCGUCAGGGCGGACCUCUACACGAGCCGCGGCCACACGGGCAAAGGGGAAAAUGGCCAAUGUGAUCGAGGUGGAUAGCGAUUGAUUGCUCAAUUUCUUCUUCUCAUCAGAAUACACCAGAAGAAUGGUAUCUUCACACUUUUUACCAGAUUACCAAAUCUGACGCACUGGGGCCCGCAGGUGCAACUGGUAGUUAGGCUCUAAGUUUAUGAAAUAAAAGCCUAUGGACAAUGAUGUGCGGUCAUAAGUUCAAGCUGCUCGCUAAUUUCUCGGA